ACAGAAACUCUUCAGUGGAAGAAAAUGAAGACGACACUCGCUCUGCUCCUAAUCAUGGAGCUCUACUGUCUCUCCUCCGGUCUCAAACAACAUUUCUUCGUGAAUGAGCAGAAGAAAUGGUUUUGUGCGCAAAAGUACUGCAAAACUUAUUUUCAUGUCCUCUCCACCUUCAUCAAUGCGAGUGAGGAACAGCGAUUUUUAGCUAAUGCAUCUGGUCAAACUUCUGAUGCCUGGGUUGGACUCCACAAAAAGCCUGAAACAGGAGUCUGGAAGUGGGAGGAGUCAGGAGGUAUAGAUGCCAAACAAAUUAGCUGGGAUACUGCAUUUAAUCAACCAAAUAACCUUAGCAAUAAAAACUGUGGCUUUCUAUACAAAACCAAUAAUAAAUUGCAUUAUGAAAAAUGCAAUUUCACUAAACCCUUCUUCUGCAUGACAAACUUUGUUCUGGUGCAUCAGAAAGAGACCUGGGAAGGAGCUCUGGAAUACUCCAGGACUCAUUAUAAUAAUCUGGCAAGUCUGAGCACAGCGGACAAGAUGAAUUCUGCUUUACUGGAAAUCACACAGGCUGAAACAGUGUAUGUGUGGACUGGUCUGCAUUAUCUAGCAGGGGACUGGUUAUGGGUCACUGGAGAUGAUCUUGACUACACAGCCUGGUAUCAGAACGAACAGCCCCAGUGUCCUGCCAGAGACCUUCGUUGUGGAGCCCUGGACAAACAAACAAAUCUUUGGACACACAGAAACUGUGAGGAGAAGCUCAGCUUCUUUUGUCUGUAGAUGGUAUGUCACUUGAACAGCUUUUUCAGGAUCCCAGAUUUUAACUUUAGAAAGAUAUAAUGCCAUUACAAUAUUUGGGCCAGCUGACAUCUUUUUACUGUGAUUCUCAUAUGUUAUUGCA